AUGCCCGAAGCAGAAGUUGGCCUCGGGGCCUCACGGGAAAAGCCCUGCCCGGACUGUGGGGUUUUCUUUCACCCGAAAGGCCUGGGACGACAUCGAGGCUCCGAGAAGUGUCGGGCCCGACAGCGCCAGCGAGCGCUCGCUUCGGCUGCCGGAGACAGCAACACCGUCGUUUGUGCGAGGACAACAAGCAGGGCUAAGGUGCGCCCUGGUGUGGACACUCCGAAGCAUUGUUCCGAUGAUAGCGGCAGUAAGGAGCCGGAGGAAUUCUCGGACGCUGCGGGUAGAAGUACUCCGAGUUCCCCCGACACAUCCCCAGGAGAUUAUGGCACUACACAACUUGCUGCCUCUGCAGCCAGCGAUCAGACGCAGACCGCGCCUUUCGAAGUUCGCCUAGUCCGAUGCUCAGACUGCGGCGACUUUUUCCAUCCGAAAGGCUUGGGGCGUCAUCAUGGGUCUGAGCGAUGCCGUGUGUGGAAAGCGAAAAACGAGCAGAGCCUUGACGCGGAUGGCGAAGGAGGCAAUGCGAAGGGAGAUGCCUUGUCUGUGGACAGAAAGGGUGAAGCGACAUGCAUUCCAGCAUCAGGAGAAAAGCCUGUGGUUGGUGAUGCAAAACGUGAGGAGGAAAAGAGAGCGCUUUUAUCGAAAGCAGCUUCUGCCUCGGAAGCAGAGGAGGGGGAGAGUACGAGCAGGAGUGAUCCGAACGGAGCAACCGCUCUGCUUGUCGGAAUAGACGGAGAAGAGAACGACAGUGCUUCUUCUAGGGAUGACGCUGUAGCGAGAGCACUUGCAGAAAAGUUUUCGCUCGUGGUGAAACCAACACAGAGUGGCAAGACGUUUGAGCUGAUUCAGACUAUUCUCGCCGACGACUCCGAGUGCAGCUGUCAUAUCGUAUUCACCAUGAAUACACUGAUGAACAACGAACAGUGCGCCGUGCGUCUGGCAAACAAGUGGGUGGAAGAAAAAGGAGGGCAGGCUGCACGACGGGAGGUAUUAAGUCAACACUAUAAUCGUUGGACUGUUUUGUCCCGCCGUUAGGGCAGUAGAACUAAUUGGGACACCAUGUUGAUUGACUGAUGUUGAAGGUCGAAUAGCAUGUCGAUGUGAUUUAGUUGUAAAAAUCAAAAUCCAGAGUCGUCAAUAGAUUCUCACCACCCUCAUGACCGUUCCCAGGUAGUUAUGAUAGCGUCAAAAGCUGCUGAGAAUUUGCCUUGCCGUGUGGAGAAAAAGUGGGAGGAUUUUCUUUUUUGUACUACACUCUCUCACUCCACCUCUGAGCGGCUGCAACGGCCGCGGGUCAUUGUGCUCUGCACGCAUUCUUCGCGGUUGAGUCAAAUCUACAGUUUCUUGGCGACUUACGAUCUCAGUUUGCGUGAGACUUGGCCACUUGAAAAACGACGGAAAGCACUAGGCUGUUUCGCGCAUUGGGAAACCAAGUUCCACAUCCACCAUGAUGAAUUACACUACUACUGCGAUCGAAACCACGUCGAGCUCGAGAUUGCAUCGUCGUUAAAGGAGGAGGGGAAAAGCAGUGGUAGAUGUAGACCACAGUCCGGUGGAGUUCCCAGAUGGAGUACACUGAUUAAUGCAGCAUCGGAUUCAUCGUCGUCGUCACCUUCGCGGAGAAGUACUUCUUCACCUAGUACAACUACAAAAAAACAAAAAGAGGAAACAACUAUGAAGAAAAAACUUCAUCAAGAGAAAAAGGACUCUCAUCUUCAACAUCUUCCAAGGUUGCGAACUUGUAUUGAACAAGUUUGCGUUGCGAAUUCUUCAGUUGUGCGUGUUUCGGGAUACACCGCUACUCCGGGCCCGCUUUUGCACGAGUCCGGUCCAUGGAGUGAAGUACGUCUGAAACCCUUUACUCACGGAGAUGAUGCCUUUGACCCAGAUGGCAGAAAUCAGAGUCGCUACCACGGGACUGCGUGUCUAGAUUUUUUCGCGUUAGAAGAAGGCGAAAACAUGGGACCUGAGGAAUUUGCUGCUUUCGUUUUGAAAGCAUUUAGGAAAGAAAUAUUUCCAGAAGCAGCUUUGCUUUCUUGUUCUGGGCGAAAUAGAGAGGAGGAUUCAGUUGGGCUUUCUUGUUCCGGGCGAAAUAGCAAUAGUAGUAGUAACAGUAGUAACUGUACUACUGCUCCUAGAGUUUUUAUACCGGCAAGCCCGAAGAUUCUGACGCAUAACGAGAUACGAAGCCAGAUCUUUGGACUUUGUCCGAAAGCGGUGGUUGUAGUCUUAAACGGCGAAGAAAAGAGCGUCUCCUGGUUUCCACAACAAGAUUGGGACGUAGGAGGAGCAGAAUAUAGCUAUGGGACUAGAAAAGCAGUGGUAGACCUCGGUUCUUUUUGUCCUCCUCCAGCUCCAGGUGAUUGCGACGCCGAAGAUGGAGAUGGAGUAAAGAAGGCAACUUCUAGUGGCGGCGGACUCGGAGAUGGAGCGAAGAAGGCAAGAGCCCCUAACCCUGCACCUGUGCCGUUGGAAGUGGCUGACAAGAUAGCACUUGUUGUAAAGAAAUACGGGUUACAGGAACGCCCGGUCUGCAUUACCGGGUAUUUGUGCUUAGGGAUGGGUCAAACGCUGUUGAAUACGGAGAAAAUGGGGAAUUUCACUCAUGCAAUUCUGCCUGCACGCGACAAAAUGCAGAAGCUCUUUAUGUCAGUCACUCCCGAGGUGCUCUACCAAGAAGCAGGUCGGAUCACUGGACGGGGCCACCGCAAUCGUACGCGCAUCUUUUGCCCGCCGAGCAUUCGCGACAAUUUCAUGCAGGAAGAGGGGAAAGCAUUGGCCGCGAUGGAGCGCGCGCGUGAUGAUAGCUACCCUGUGUUGAGGUGGAAAGAUGUAUUUGGGAAAGAGUGAUGGAUCUUUUUUCCAUCGGGAUGAAAAAACUAUGUAGCCUUAAGGAAAUGAGUAGGAGAAAAAGACACAGAUGACUCAAGGAGGUUAUAGGAAAAAUCCCGAACUGACCAACAUCGUUAAAAUGAAGGAUCUUUUUCUGUUUGUCCCACGUCUCAAUAUCACGAAAACGGGUCUCUCUGCACUUUUCCAUUGGACCAGUAUGAAGUUGAAGUGUCCGCUCGUCCUCAGACGAAAUGACUCAAAAUUUCGGGCGAAAAAUGAGAAGGUGGAAGAUCAUCUAUCUUUCGGAUGACAAUUCAUGAAGAAGUAAAAUGAGGAGAAUCGCAUGUACUUGACCG